GCAGCGGCGGCGGCGGCAGCAGAGUGAAGGCUUGUUCCUUUAAGGGUGGUGUCAGCGGCAGUCAGAGGAGGAGGAGUGUGGCUGUCUCCGCUCACUUCUCCACAGCGAGGGGACUCCGAGAAUAAACAAUUCCCACAGACAAACGCUCCUCACCUCCGCUCGCUCUCAGUCGCAGCGCAAAUAAUAAUAACAAUAAUAAUAAAAUAGAAAAACCGAGGCAUUUUUACGGACUAAAUUUUCAUUUUUUAUUUUUUAUUUUUUAAAGGCUGCCUCGCCAUUUCUGUUUCCUGCCAAAAGUGUCGCGACCGUUUUCAUUGGAUUUUGCCUUGCUCCUGUCGAAUAAUAACGAUGCGCCUCUCCGGCUGACUGUGGGGUGGACAACGCAGGUAGGGGAUCUGCGUUCCGUAGACGAACGCGCUGUCAUGUCUGAUUUCUUAUUAUUGGUGGCUAUUAUCGCUGGGCUGGGGAAUAGAAGAAAAAAAAAAAAAAAAACACGGACGCGCAUAUGGCGAGCCUUGUAGUAGAUUAUGUGUUAUUUUGUCGAGCGAGGGGUGGGAAAGGUUGUUUGCGUGUCGCACGGCGGCCAGAGGCGCAUAUGGAUAUAGCGCUGAAAACGCUGCAUAACGAAGAAGUGGAGAAUAAACCUGGGCUGUGUGCGCUGCUCCCCUUUCAGCCCACGGUCCUUUUAAUCAUAGCGGUGGCCUCUUGUUUUCCACGGCGGCAUUAUGAUCUGUAAAUCUGGCCUACAGUGGAGACAUCUCCCUGUAAAUGUUGCUGAAUUGCCGUUAUUAAUUACCACUGUGUGCGCGCCUACCGCCUCUGAAUCUGACCAAACACUCCGGCUAAUUGUCUAAGUGGAUUUUCGGCUACUGUACCGCUACUGUCACCCUGUCCGACCAUACCAACACUGAAUGGCCGAUGUCAGCCCAGCCAUUUAGGUGCGUUUAAUAACAGUAGCCUGCUCUCUUUCUGCCGUGGCGCUCCUACUUGUAACGUUACUACGCGCAGUACAGUUGAUCACGUUGGACCAGAAACGGCACACAGCCUCAUAUCCCUCACAGUCUCGCAGUAGUUUUAGCAGCACCAAUGGGAAACGCGUUACAGUGGCAAGAGUCUGUGAAUUCCAGUCACCCGGUGCUGCUCCUUGAACACAUCUUGAAGGGUUUGAAUGAACCCCCCUCCAGGCCUCGAAAAGCAUCCAAAUUGUUAUAAGUUGAAUCACAAAUGAGGUUUUCUCAGGGUGUCUAGACAACAGCUUUCUCCUGGAGCGUGGGGCUAUCUGGUGACACAUGCUCUGGGUCUGAAAUGGUGCUGUUAGAAGAGUUUGUUUAGCACUGGUGUGGCUGUGGUUGCAGUAGCGCUUGGCAGGGGGGUGGGGGUGGGAGGGGGGACAGGGACAGGGACGGUGGCACUAGCCCAUGAGCACAUACAAUAAACACAGCGUGGGCGAAGUUUGUUAAUUGUUUCAUAGCAAUGUUGCUACAACAAUUCUGCAAGGCAAGGCAACAUUCGGCCCUUAGAACGCUGUGAAGAGCUGUGAUCUUGGUUCACAUUUUUUUCUUUUUUUUUUAAUAAUCCUAAUUAAUAGUCAUUUAGUUUUGUCUUAUUACCUAACGCACCUCUGAGUAUGUCCACUGCCCGGUCUCCCUGGAUGCAUACCAGUUCAGUCUUCAGACCAAAUACACAGUUGGUCGGUUGCAGCCUGUCACAUCACUGUGUCAUCAUCUCAGAUAUGUUUUGAUAGAUUCCAAAGACUUCCGUGUUUUGUUUUUUUUUUGUUGUUUUUUUCUUUCCCCGAGUGCCAGGGAAGCAUUUUGACUGGCCUACGUGUAGGUGUUCCUCUUUUCUGAAACACCCGAUCGUUGGACUUUGGAUCGGUGUGGAGGUAAAAGGUUGGGGGCAAAAGUUUUUCUGCGAGUUACAGGAAAGAGGGCAGAGUACACCUUCAGUUCGGGUUGUCAAAGGGCAAUUUGCAAAGUGUCCCUGAAGCAAUGUGUUUGUGUGUCGUAACAGAAGACUUAAAUACAGAUUUGGUCAAUGUGCUGCCCCUCAUAGAACCACUGUCAUUUGCGCUUACCAUCUCAAGCAACGCGAAGAACAGUCUUUACUUUUUAAAAGCCUUCUAAACACUGUGUGUGUCUGGGGGUCUGCCUUUUAGCCUUUCUUUUGUCAAACAUUUAAGCUGCUUAAUUAUUUGACCUGAACUUACACAAGAUGUUCAAGGUAGUUCAGCUCGUCCUCUGAGCGCAGAUAACCAAAACCUCCACAUUUAUGACCCAACUUUCAGAGUUGCGCCUUUGAAGUACUUUUGUUUGAGUGGUCUUGCCUGUGCGCUGUAACUCAAAGGAUCCUCUGUAUUGGAUUUAGCUUGAUUUGACUGAGCCAUCUGCUAUUGUCCAGGGAGCUGCUGUUGAGUGAUGUGCAGUAGCCUGCAACAGAACCAGAGGACAUUCAAAUGGCCAAAUGCAAAUGAUGUCGAGGCUGCUGAACAGUCACAAGACUGUACUCUGCACUUUUUCUCCCUUGUCCGCUGGCCUCCUUUCAUUACGAGAAAUCUUAUCUGCCAUCUGAACGCUGCUGCUGCUGCUGCUGCAUGAAAGUGACAUGUUUUGAUAUGUGUGUGCGGUCGCGCUUAUGCAGGUGUGUGCUGCACAUCUCUUUUGAAGCAAGUGAUUACACAAUGGCACUGCUCAGUGCUACUUUUUGACUUUGUUUUCUCCUUUAAAUAAUGUGAUGUAAUGUAGCAUCUUUUUUUUUAUUAUUAUUAUUAUUUUGUUUAUACAAGAUGAUGCCACGGAUACAGGAGCGCCUGCCCGGGGCCCCCCCUCUACAGACAUCCUCUCCAACUGCUACCACUGUGCCAGCUCAAACCUCACUGUUUGUAAAUCUGUCACUCACAAUAGCAUGAGACACAGGGCAGACGAAAUGGAGGGUGGCAUUCUGCUUUUUGAUUGCUCAGAUACUCAGCGGAAUAAAAAAAAAAAAAAAAACAAGAAUAAAAAAAAAAAACAAGCCCAAACUAAUGUGCAAUCUUCCAGAACAAGUGUCAUGCAUUUACUGCAGAGUUUUUGAUUUAUUAUAGACCUGGGAGAUGCCCAGCACUUGUGCUGUUGGCCACCGAACAUUGUUCAAGGGCACUUUGACAGUAGAUGUUGAGGAAUAGAGGUGCAUUUCUCAUCUACUUACCGGCCCAUACUUUGUCAGCCCACUGAGGAUUCAUACCAGAGACCUUUGGGCCACAAGCUCAUUUCUCUAAUUGUUUGGGCUCCAUAAUAUUGGCGUGGAGCAUGCAUUAAGCCAAAUCAUUUAUUGUUCCGUUUGCUGUUUGUUUAUUCAGUAGACACUCUAAUGAUAAUAGUCAGUAGCGCUGCUGUUAUUGGACAGAGAUUUACGCCGCAAUAAUUAUGUUGUAAAUUUCACAGCGGGAUUGAAACAUUUAUCUCAAAUUAACAAGACAAAAGUCGGCGUUGAUCGGUUUUCACUCCCUCACUAUUAGAGGGUGUUAGUCCUUGUCCUCCGUACCUCUUAUCUCUCGCUGGAUUUCACAUACCCACGCUCUCGCUAUCACUUCUGGAUACCUCAACGGGGCCAGACUGCAUAAAAUUGGAAAAGAAGCUGUCUUGGAAUAGUUAUGAUGAACACUAGGCUAAAAUGUCACAGCUUGAGUGAUUAAAGUGUAAACAUAAACAGACCGGUGCAUCAACUCAUGCCAAGAAAAUGUAAUAAAAAUAUUAGAUUCAGACACUGAAACUCCAACCGGAGCGGCGCUGCUCCAAGCCAAGCGUAAGUUCGUUUAGCAGAUGCAUAAACGGGGGCACGGAAACAUUAGUUCUUUCGUGAUCUGAGCGUUGUUUUUAGAUUAUUCCGUCAGAAUACUCUGCCACUAGAAUGCUUACUGAGUGAAACUACACCAGAAAACACUUCAUAAGUUAAAGUGAUAUUAUGGUGUGUGCGUUUUUGGUGUAUUCCCGCUGCUAGUGUUUUAGCGAGCCCUCUCAGUCAUACAGCCACCAUCUCAUCCAGAGACAAUCACUCGGCGCUGCUGUCAUGACAAGAAUGCAACCAAAGUCAAUGGGGCUCAUUUUGAUGACAAGGCAGGAACGGCUAAAUGCUGCUUUACAGCCUUUGCCUCCUGGAUGCAGGGUGGAAUGACGAAAUGUGUGCAAGAAAGAUUGACUCCUCCUCUGCAACCCCUGCAAGCUAUACCAGCCAGCGCUCAUCUGUUGAAUGACUCCCCUCCCACCUCCUCCCCCUCCACCCUCACCUCCAGCUCCACCCCUCCGCCUUCACCUUGGCCUUGGCGCGACGGCAUGGCCCUUCAAUUAUCCCCCCCCCUCCUCCCCGAUUGAUCGCUGCUGAUUGCAGUUGCUGUGAAUUAUUUAGACUUUGCUGGAAUUGUUCGCUAAAUGGGACGGAGGCUGAAAGAGCGAGAUAUCGCGGGUCAGAUAAAUUGCGCGGCGCCCACGUGAAACAUCGGCCCCUUUCAGAAAACAACAGCUGUGGAAGCCUAACUGUGCCGAUCAAUGAGGCCGAGCAGGGAAACGGCAUCGAAUCAGCUCGUGCCGUGGCAACAAAGCUACCAGCUCAGCACCAAAAUCUCCACCCGCUCCCCUCUGAUGCGUGCCGUGGAGUCGCAGGCCUCUUGGGUGAUGUGAGAGGAGCUGACUCUUUUACUGGCCGGGUUGGUGCGGUCGCAGCCGAGGAGUGGAGUGGAACUGACUCCGUCCCUCCAUCCACCUCCCCUCCCCUCCUCCUCCUCCUCCCCUCUCCUCCUCUCCUGUCUCUGUGUGCCUCUCCUGCUCCUAUAGCAGAGCUGCUGCCCUGAGGCUGUAGAGGUGCAGUAGGAAGGUUUCUCUACCAUUGUGGCGAGAGUGCAGCCAGGAUGCUGCAGUCAGACGAGGGGAAAGUCUCUGCUUUGCCACAAGCAGGCCAAUGUCACAGGCGUGAUAGAGUGGGCGGGCUGCAAGGGGAAUGAGGACAGACGCUCGCAGAUAGGAGGCAUCGGCCUGCGUGCGCAUGUGAUGGGGAACGUCUGCCUUGUUUUCAUACAGAGGAAUACACGGGAUGCGUGCGGCAGAUACUUAUCAUAGCCUUUGUUGGGAUUGUUAAGCCGCAACAGUUAGAGGAUACGCGUGAUUAAGUCUGCGAUAAUGUAGCUGUUGAUCUCAAGCUUCAUUGCAAACAUGGAUUCACGUGAGCCUCCGUCAUGCCUCACUCAAAUAGCUUCUGACAGGCAUCAGACAAGGCCACUGCACCUUGUGUACUAAAUGCUAUUUAUGCCGCCUCUAAAAUCUAUUACAGCGAAGGUCCCUGGCGUGGUCUGAGGAGCCUAAGGGUUUGAACAGUGGGCCACAAAAGUCCAGAGACUGAGGCUGACUGUUAUUCAACUGUGUCUUAUUUUAACCAGGUUAUGUGUGCAGGGGAGAAGCUGGGGCUAAGUGAAAAUGCCACUCAUUCCUGAAGAGUCCCUGGCCUCGUCAAGGUCCCCAUGUGAGAUCUGCAAAGCUGAAAGGCGCCACUGACAGAACCACAGCCAAGCCUUAGGACAGACAUCCCAAACAUCCACAGCCACGGAAUGUGUCAACAUCUUUGUGGUGAAAUCCUGCUGACUCCUCACUUGCUACUCACAUAAGCCUAGAGCUGGACCUUCUGGGAUCCUACAGUGUUUAAAGGCAUACAACAAUGCCUGGGAGGCUGACCUGCCCCAGAUUGCUUCCUACCAUGGAUGCUGUUUCCCCAUAGUGCUGACUGUGCCCACUUCAGAGAGGGAACACAUCCAGCUAGUGUAUCGUUCAGUCCCCUUUUAGACUCACUAGCUGUAAUAGCCUGCCCUGUUUUUGUUAUUUAGGAAGUACAUGCCACUGUCAUCCAGAUGACCUAGUGGACAUUUAUUUCCCAGUAGCAUUGCUGAGCCAUACGAGGGGAUCCUAGUAUUGAACAUGACUCAUGGGGAGGAGCCUGGCCCUGAGACACACAAGGAUUCAGCUGUUCUAACUUAUCUGGAAGGUUUACUGAUGCAUCCAGUGGUGGCCGGGCCUGGGGCCACGCCGAGCGGGAGGUCUGAGGCUGCCCACAGCAAUCAAGAACAGGUGGACAAGGUGGGUGGACCCUUCCAACUGCCCAACCAUGGCCCAACAGCUCCUAAAGCUGGAACCAACGGGCCCACACUAGGUUCUUCGCAGCACCUAAAGAAGGCCCGCUUACUGCGCUCUGGAGCCUGGAAUGAUCCAGGGAACCAACGGAUGAGUUCACCCCCAGUGGAGCUGAAUGGCCAAGUGGGAGGCCUGCAAAAUGGAGCACUGGAGGGAUCUCCUCAUGCUGGAGAGAGCACCCUGUUGGCUUCUCUGCUUCAGUCAUUCAGCUCACGCCUCCAGAGUGUGGCAAUGUCUCAGCACUCUAAUAAGUCCCCCAGUGAGUGUUCCUCUCCUUCCAAGGCACCACCAGCCGACAAAGAGCCACUUCCUGUAUAUGGGACAGCCUCAAGCCGCUUGAAGGGCCUAAUGAGGAAGAGCAAACUUCAGAAUCACAGUAAUACACCUUACAGUCGCCGGGGCCACAGCCAGGAUAGACCCCCAGAAUCACCUCGGUCAGCACACAGCGCCACACCCCCUGCUGCUCCUACAUCAGCUGAAUCAGUGUCCUGUGCAGAACGUCUAAAGGCGGUGGCCAACAUGGUGAAAAUCCGUUCUAGUCCAGCACCUUCCCCCAAGCCCAGUGUGGCCUGCAGUCAAUUGGCCCUGCUGCUAUCAAGCGAAGCCCAUCUCCAGCAGUAUUCCAGAGAGCAUGCACUCAAAGCCCAGCUCUCAGGAAGAUCUGCCAGCGAGAGACUAGCUGCCAUGGCAAACCAACAGCAUGGCCAGGACAAAAGGCCACCUAGUGUGGGAGGGACUCUGCCUGGAGCUCCAGACACACUAAGCUCCUUAACAACCCAAAAUGGAAUGACAACAACAACCACAAUAACAACGACAGCACUCCCUCGAACAGCCCUGUCAAGUCCACAGAGUCCCUCUUUGCUGCGUGGCCACAGCCAAAGCUCACCCCCCACGCCCCCACGUGCUCCAAGUCACACUCACAGUCAGCCACCUAGGGAGAAGCGAGGCUUUGACUCACGUCCAACUCGCCCCCCUCAAACGUGUAGCAGCUUGCUGCUUCUACUACUGAACAACCACAACAACCAAAAGCAGCUGACUAAGAAUGGACACCUGGAGGACAGCUGUGGCAUUCUGCCACAAAGUGGCUCUUCUUCAGUCACAUCAGACAGUGAAUGCUCCAUCCAGGAGAGGAGCAUCACCAAGGACAGCAGUGAUGCAGAGAGUUCCUACUCGAGUUGUUCUCCCAUUGACCUAUCUAUGAGAAGCCGUGUCAAUAUACAAGACACUAGGCCAAAAACUACAACGCCCUCCUCCUCCUCUUCCAACUCUUCCUUCACUUCUUCCACCACAGUGUUUUCCUCCACCCCAGUUGCAUUCUCUCCUCGCGCUUGUGCUCAGACCUCCACCAUAACUUUUUCCCCAUCUCCUACUGUUGUCUCCUCCGUGUCCACGGCUGUUUCUUCAUCUUCUGCUUCUUCUAUCUCUACCUCCUCCUUGGACAAACUAACAGAAUCUUUAAUAAACAAGUGGAAGCCAGAGCCAUCAGGAUCAAGGGUGACCAAGAACAAGGAGCCUGAAAUGAGUUCAGACCUAAAAUCCCAUCCUAAGGUCACACUUAUGCAGCUCCUUCUUGAGCGCAGAAAUAAUGAGAUGGUUAAUAAAAGCAUCGGUAACCAGGAUUUGCCACUUGACAUAACUAUGGCCACCAUGUCUCAAAGUCAGCAAAAGGGACUGCUGCCUUGGGAAGAGACGAGGACAAAAAGCCCUAUAGAUAGGCCUGUAGCCCCAGCCCAGACCCACUACUCACAGUGUCAUGACACAAGUGGCGCUCUAUCCCCGUAUUCUUAUCCCUCCCCUCAUGUCCAGUCCAGCCCAUUGGAUUUGUGUAAGUCUAAAACCUUUCCUGCAGAAAAAGCGUCAGAGCCUGCCUUCAGUGCCAGCAAACUGUUACAGAAUCUGGCUCAAUGUGGCACAGCUUCUUCUUCCCCUCCCAUCCCCUCUGGCAAGGGGCUAAGCCAGGAGCUUGAUACCAGCAGGCCCCUCGCUCUUUUGGAACGGCUCAAUGCUCCAGUCCACAGGGCCACCACCACUCCACUCUCAGAUGGAGCGUCUGGCAGUGGUACACCUUUCAGCCGGAAGGAGGCUUCUCCUCCAUCACAAAUUGAGAAUCUCCUGGAGAGGCGUACUGUUCUGCAGCUCCUUCUAGGAACAGGCACCGCUACAGUAAGCCGAAAAGAUAGGUCCAGUGGCAGUGGCAGUGGCAGGAGAAGUGUGGAGAUGGCAGGAGGAUGCUAUGAGAAGACCCCUGGGGCCUCCAUCUGUGACAGCUCCAAUGGCUCCCCUUUGGAUGUAAAGGUCAAAUCAGAGCUCACAGAACAGGUUGGACCAUCCUCUGCAAUGUCUGAGGACUUGAGUGGCAGAAAGAGACUAAGCGUCUAUGAGAAGAGUAGCCUGUCAGAUUCUCAGCAGGACUUUAAAACAGAACCACGGCCUGCAGAGGUCAUAGCAAAAUAUGGCCUCCUCAGCCAGCUGCUUAAACAACAGACUGCUACCUACUAUACCAGUGCUGCUAUGCAGACUGAGUCACAGCCCAGACAGCAGGUUAAAGAGGAACAGGGGGAGUAUCUAAGCCCCAGUCCUAAGAAAAGACGCCUCUGCUCUGAUCAGACUGAUAGGUUUAAUGACAUCAGUUCUCCAAGAGUAGUUGAGAGUGACGACACAAACAUUUUUCCCUCUUCUGCUGUUCAGGUAGAACCUGACCAGCAGCGGAGUUUAAAGGAAGAGGAAGCUCCGCCAAGGACCCCGCCAAGUGAAACCCUCACCAGAGAGAGUCGGGGCUUCAAUGUGCUGAAACAGCUGCUUCUCUCUGACAACUGCCUGAAGGAGCUGUCCCAGCAUCCCCGGGGGGCGCCCAGUCCUUCCGUUUUGCAGGCCAAUGGCAAGGCCAACGGCAGCAUUCUCAAUCAGCCUGCCCACAAUCACAGCUUCCUUCACCUGCCCAGCUGGAACCCACAUGGUCCCCUAAACUCAGGGCUUCCGAGCAAUCUUAGACCACUGCCCACCCCUCCUGGAAGUGACAGCCCUAUCCGCUCGCCCUGGAGCCGCCAGCCAGCUCCAUGGCCUGUCACUCAAAAACGGGACCCCCCUACUCUAGUCAAACAGGAGCCGGAGAGCCCUGUGCGGUGGAGUAGUCAGGACAAUGAGGAAGAGGAGCAGGGUUGUGACUCAAACCCAGACUCUCCAAGGCUCUCACGGUCUAACCCCAUCCUGUAUUACAUGUUGCAGAAGGGGAGCAUUCAAAUGAGAAAGGAGGUGAGAGAUCAGGCAGAGGGAACCAAGUCUUUGGUCAGAGUUAAAGAAGAGCCAAUCAGUGACAUGCAUGCCUAUGAACGCAGUCUGAGCUCCACCCCACAAUCACCAACCCACAAUGACAAGCACAGCCAUGAAAGCCAAGGGCUGAGCCAAUCGUCUGAGUAGAAGUUGUAUCAACUACAGAAAAAUACAAAGUGGAAUCAAAUUCAUUGACUCUUUUUUCAUUUUUUAAUGACUUGCCAAAUUGGUUUGAUGAGACAAAGAAAGACUGGAUUUUUUGUGUGGAUUAGAGCAAGUUAAAGUUCAAGUACACAUUUGCAUUGCUUUAUCAAUUUUAAAUCAUGAGGUCAUGGAAUGGUACAAAACAGGUCUAUCUUACAUAAAUGUCUAAUUAAUACAACCAAAAUGACACAACCGUCACAAAUAUACCCUUUCCUAUCUGUGAUUGUCAGGCAUUACAUUACAUAUUUCUUUUCUUUUCUUUUUUUUUUUUUAAAUUUGUUCUUGUUUUUUUACACUUACUAUAUGUAUGUGAAUUACACACAUAUCAAUUAUUCCAUGUCCUCUUUGUUGCUUGCUAUAAAACAUUUAGAAAGAACAUUUCAAGCGACAUUUAUUAUUGAUGACUCCAAAAAUGUUAGUCCUCAGUUCAGUGGACAUUUAUUUAUUUUCUCCAUCAGGACAUUUUCAGAUAGACAGAGUCCCAUCAAUUUUAGAUAAGAUUCCAAAUAAAGUCAUUCUAGGGCAGUCACAGUGGUCUAUUACAACAAUGUACAUGAUAAAUUCAUUCAAAGGAGGACCUUGAAAACAGCAUUCACACUGCAGUAGCUUCAGUGAGGAUCCUACCAUGAUAAAUGCUUUGUCUUGCUUUACCUCAAGAUUCAUAUUGUGGUGUGGUUACCAGUGGAGAAAGAAUAUAUCAGGAGAGGUUUGAAUGGUCACAACUCAUUGUGUUUUGCUUUCAUUUGAAAUGAACAUUUAAGGCCAGUAUCCAACAGUGCAAAUUCAGGGUAAUUCAGGGUGUUUGCAGAUUCUGCAGUUUUGAACAGAUGGGUCAACAGAGUGUGUAUGCUGCUUACAGCUGAGCAACUGUGUGUAAACAGGUUUCUGGAGCAACAGUUUAAGGCUGCAGUGUCUGAGAAACUUAUCUUGCCGUACUGGGUAAACCCACACCACUAUUCUUCAUACACACAAUUACUCUGAGCGUGAAGCACACGGCUUUUUCUUUUCAUUUCAUUAUAAAAGGGAGUACCCAGGGUUUGCACUCGAAACUGAGUCCUUGAUGUCCCUUUCAGAAUAAUUUAAUGGCAUGUAAUAAAAAAAAUAUCAGUAUUGUUAUUUGUUGAGAAUUUGACAGUUUGUGAUUUUUUUCUUUAUUUCUUAACUGUUGUGGUUUAUGGACAUCAUUUAUUUUUGUGGAAGUCUCUUAACUCAUAAAACGUCAAAAGAAUUGCAUGAUAAUAAAGAGAACACCACAGGUACAUUAUUUUUUAUUUUAUUUUAUUUUUUUUUUUUUUCAAAGCAGCUGGAUAUGUGUACCUGCCCCCCAAUAAUCACCAAGACGUUUUGGUGUCUUGAGGGAUAUCUGGUAUCUAGCUCCUUGGUUUUGAUUGUACUGUAUUCUUUUCGGCUGAUUUCACACACUGCAUUAUCCAUCUAGUCUUGUGAUCUUUUUAAUACAUAUACCUAUGAAGUACGUCUCUUCAAUUAUUAAUACAUUUUCACAAUGGUUAAAUAUAUUUGUGUAAAUAGUACUUUCAGUAUGAAAGAUGACUAUUUUGUAAUGUUUAAGAAAAGAUAUUACCCUAGUUUUUAAUGCCCUGAUAUGUAAAUAUGAAUUAUAUGCGUACAAGUGUACAUACAAAGGCAGAGGAUGCUAUGCCCAUCUUUUUUUGGUUGGUAUGUUCUUUGCAUGUGUCUCUAUGUGGUAAAUGAUAAUCUAUCCUGCGCUGUGUUGUGUAAUAAUGUCUGACUCUCCUCACUGCUGCCUGUUGCAUGCAGACGCAUGGGAACUACCUGUGUAUCCCUACUGGUGAUGGGGGAAAAUGUCAAGUCUUAAAAUAGGUCUUUUUUUUAUCACAGAGAGAGAGGUUGGUUUCAAACGUGAACAGUCCCUAAAUAACCGCAGACUGUUAAACAAGUUGAUAAAAAAAAAUGUGUGAAAAAUAAACGUGCAUUGAAUAUUUUUGUGAUUUACUUUUCUGUUACUGGUUAACAAAGCUCUGUGAAAGAGUCGGGGGCUAUAGUGGGGGAUUGACGUACAAUCAUAGAUCUGCAUUGUGCAUCUAAGAAAUACAUUUGUAGCAGCAAAUAUAUAUAUAUAAAAAAAGAGAUGUUUCAUUUUUUUCAUGUGAAGACCUGAGACAUUAUGUCAUUUUUUAUGUUUUCAUUUUUGGUGUUCAUUUGCACUGAUAUCUCAAAAAUAAAGUACUAAAAUGCA